CUCUCUGUCUUGCAUAAUAGAUGCCCCUCCUCCCGCCAACCUAGCUCCCACUCUCACAUAUUUACGCGCAUUAGACGCACAAAACGCACAACCCAGAAGUGUAUGGUUCAGACGCACUCCAUAAGUGCAUUAUUUUCAUUUCAAGAAAAUUCAAGAAAAUCAGGGAUACUGUGUAAAAUUUUAUUCUUGACUCGACUCCUACUUGCAAAAAUUCAAUUCAGUCUGUUCUCGAUCAAUUUCAUGCUUGGAAGAUAUUUGAGGGAUUCUUGUGCUUGAGUUUCGUCUUCCAAGAAUGUGAUUCGGUAAGUUUUGGCUUAUACGUGAUUGUAAAAAUGUCUAGGGACAUUAGUGAUCCAAUGAGGGAUAUCCCACCUGGGAUUUUGCUAAUUAGGAGCAUUAGGGGAAGAGAUUGGAACAUAAAAACUUAUAGAUACAUGGUUUUGAUUAUUACGUUCAUAGCGUAUACUGGUUACCAUGCUUCAAGAAAACCCAGUAGUAUAGUCAAGAGUGUCCUGGAUCCGGAACCGAAUAAAAAUUCGAACUUGAUUAUUCCUUGGCCGGUUGGGGAUCUCUUUAUUGGGAAGGAAGUAAUGGUGACUAAUACUAGCAUUGACGCGGGUGGAUCUAGAAAUAACAAGGGUUGGGCACCAUUUAAUGGAAAGGACGGGACGUCGAAAUUGGGCGAGAUUGAUGUUGCAUUUCUGGCUUGUUAUUCGAUGGGAAUGUAUGUGGCAGGGCAUUUAGGCGAUAGAUUGGACCUUCGGUUGUUCUUGACUACUGGAAUGAUUGGAAGUGGCAUUUUUGUGGCGCUGUUUGGAAUGGGUUACUUUUGGAACAUUCACGUUUUCUGGUUUUAUUUGGUAAUGCAAAUGGUUGCCGGGUUGUUCCAGGCUACAGGGUGGCCUUCAGUUGUUGCUGUUAUUGGUAAUUGGUUUGGCAAGAGGAAGAGGGGAUUAAUAAUGGGAAUUUGGAAUGCUCACACGUCAGUUGGAAAUAUUUGUGGAUCGUUGCUUGCUGCUAGUGUUUUGGAUUAUGGAUGGGGCUGGUCUUUUAUUCUUCCAGGCGCAUUUAUAUUCCUGGGUGGGAUAAUGGUGUACAUGUUCCUGGCUGCUUAUCCUGAAGAUGUUGGAUUUGCUGAUCUAAAUGGUUUGCCCGUGGAGGCUGCAACAUUGCCUGAUGACGUCGAAACUCAGAUUUCGAAAGAUGUUAUGGCUGGAGAUGAGCAGAAUACUGACCCUCGGUUUACUUCUGUUAACAGGAGAAGUGUUGGGCUUCUUGAAGCUUGUUUAAUACCGGGAGUAAUUCCAUUUGCACUAUGUCUUUUCUUUGCAAAGCUGGUGGCAUACACAUUUUUGUACUGGUUGCCAUUUUAUCUUAGCCACACUGCUAUUGAUGGUGAGUAUAUGUCAGUGAAAUCUGCUGGAAAUCUUUCUACUCUGUUUGAUGUUGGAGGAAUUGUUGGUGGAAUUCUGGCUGGUUACAUAUCUGAUAGGCUCAAGGCUCGGGCCAUUACAGCGGCCAGCUUCAUGUAUGCUGCAAUCCCUGCGAUGCUUCUAUAUCGUUCCUAUGGAUACAUGUCUAAGUCCAUCAAUGUUGUACUCAUGAUGAUAGCUGGUUUAUUUGUUAAUGGGCCAUAUGCACUCAUCACAACUGCAGUCUCUGCUGAUCUUGGGACUCAUAGCUCUCUAAGAGGAGAUUCUCGAGCACUGGCAACAGUUACCGCUAUUAUUGAUGGUACUGGUUCUAUUGGUGCUGCUCUCGGUCCUCUUUUGACUGGAUUUCUUUCAACAAAAGGCUGGGACGUGGUUUUUGUUAUGCUAACAGUUGGAGCUUUCACUGCGGGUCUCCUUAUAUCGCAGCUUGUUGUAACUGAAGUUAAGGAGAAAUUUUGUAAACAAAUGCCCAGUAGACAAAAUGAUCUUGCAGGUCCUGCAUCUCAUCCCCUCUUGAGUGAAAGGAGAUGACCAGAUAUCCUUCUGAAGAAUCACAAUUUGGAUAUCAAGUGAAUCGGGAAUAGAAAGUAAACAUUCAAAACUAUACUGUAUUUUAUAAUUUUGAAACUUUUUGUAAUAGCUGGCUAGGGAAAUGGUAUUUUCCUUCAAUUUUAACUUUCAUGUGUUGUACAAGUUUGUGGAUUCAUGUUUAAAUAAAUCUUUGAGUGAAGAAAUGGUAAUUAAAUUGA